CUUUUGUCACAAACUCACAAUCAAAACCAGACCCAAAAUUUAUAUUGGUCAGAGGACUUCAGGUAUUUUUGCCGGGACGCGUUUCUAUUAGACCUUUUCCUUGAACCAUCAUCCACGGGGUCAAAAUAAUUCAGAGGGUUUGAAGCUUCGACCAAGUCCAAGUAGAGACAAAAAAAAAAUGCAUUCAUUAGCCAUUAGGCAUUCUCAGAAUCUCAUCACUCCAUCAGCGACUCCAAUCGCUGCUAGUGUGUGUAUAUAAUAGUCGCCACUCUCCCAGAAGAGAGAGAUCUGAAAGAAACGACGAACCGGUAAUUUGCUUACUUUGGCUUCGUCUCCGGUGAACUUCUCCUCUUCCGAUCUACAGGAUACGUACUCAGUGCGCCUCAUUGCAGUUCUUCAGAUAAUUCGGAUUUAUUUUUUCCUUCUUUUGCGGUGUUCUCUCAGAAGUUUUCUUCGUAGAGGUGGAUAUAUGGGUGAGGUCAUUGGCCUGCUAAAAGUAACUGUAGUGCAGGGGAAAAGGCUGGUAGUCCGGGAUUUCAAGAGUAGUGAUCCUUAUGUCAUCGUCAAGCUGGGCAAUCAGACUCUGAAGACAAAGGUUAUUAACAGUUGCCUCAAUCCUGUCUGGAAUGAAGAGUUUACGUUCUCAGUAACUGAACCCGUUGGAGUUCUAAACUUGGAGGUGUUUGACAGAGACCGUUUUAAGUCGGAUGACAAGAUGGGUCGGGCUCACCUCAACAUCCAACCCAUAGCUUCUGCUGCAAGGCUGAGACGGGUUCUACAUGUAUCAGAUGGGGAGACGAUGAUCAGAAAGGUGGUCCCAGCCAAUGACAAUUGUCUGGUCAGGGAGAGCUCUGUCAAUUGUGUAGAUGGAGAUAUAGUGCAGGAUGUUUGGUUGAGGCUGUGUGAGGUUGAAUCUGGAGAGAUUGAAUUAAAAAUCAAGUGGGUUGAUCAUCCUUCUGUUGCCCGCCCCCAGGCUCCUUUAGUGUAGAAGGUUGAAUUGAACUUUAAUUACAGCAGUGAAGAUGCAAAAGAGUAUCUGUAAGUUUACACAAUUGUGGCCUUUAACUGAUUCUAUUGAUCUUUAAAGAGAAAGAAAACGGGGGAGGGGGUGGGGGCGAGGUGUUUGCUUUGACAGUUGCAUCUACUAGUGAUUGAAUGUUCAGGAUCAUGGGUUUGAUAUGGUCUAUUUUGCUGCAGAAAGACAUAGAUACUAGUAAUUUGUAAUAGUAAAGGGUAACUGGAUAAUUAGUGUUUGACCAAAUUUACGAAAGAAAUCUAAUUCAAGGAGAACCCUUGGUAA